GUGAGGUAAGGAAUCAUGUUACGAACACUUUGAAUCCAACUAUUCCAAAGUUGAGCAGGUCCACAGGACUCUCUAGAGACUAGCCUCAGCUGGUCCUGCCACUCCCCCAUACUCUGGGGAACCCUGCCCUGUAGUUCCCUUGACAUGUAGUCAGAGAUCCUCCAGCACACCCAGUUCGUGGUCCCCAACCAUUGGCUGCAGCCUUCAUUGCCGGACCGAGGCCACGAAUGGGAGGCAGCCAGGUGCUGGAGCAGGUGAUGUCAGCCUGAGCCCCAGGGUCAAGGUAAGAGAUACACAACACACUUGGUUGGGUUAAACAGCUCUCUGACAUCUCUGCAGGACUGUGAAGAUGAAGAGUCUGUCGCUGCUGCCUCUGCUGCUGCUGCUGACCACCUGCACCUUGAGGGCUCAGGGGAAGCGCCGCCAAGUAUACUUCCGGGAGGAGUUUGAAGAUGGGGAUGGAUGGACAAAACGAUGGGUGCAAUCCAAACACCAGUCUGAUUACGGUAAAUUCCAGCUGACCGCAGGGAAAUUUUAUCAAGACAAAGAAAGAGAUAAAGGUCUCCAGACCAGUGAAGACGCCAAGUUCUAUGCCCUUUCCACCCGGUUUAAGCCAUUCAGCAAUGUGAAUGAGACCUUGGUGGUUCAGUUUUCAGUAAAACACGAGCAAGGCAUCGAUUGUGGCGGUGGGUAUGUGAAACUCUUUCCUGCCACACUGAACCAGGAAGACAUGCACUCAGAGUCCCAGUAUUACAUCAUGUUCGGCCCGGACAUCUGUGGCUUUGGCAAUAACAGACUACAGGUCAUCUUUUAUCACCAUGGGAAAUACCACGAGAACAACAAGACCCUCAAGUGCAGGAUCAAUAAAGACACUCACCUGUACACUCUGAUCAUCCGCCCCAAUGCUACUUACGAGGUUAAGAUUGACAACGAGAAGGUGGCAACGGGGGCCCUGGAAGACGACUGGGACUUCUUGCCUCCCAGGAAAAUAAAAGACCCCUAUGCCAGGAAACCAAGGAAAUGGGAUGAACGGCUACAAAUAGAGGAUCCUGAAGAUAAGAAACCCGAGGACUGGGAGGACUCUGAGUUCAUCCCAGACCCAGAAGCCAAGAAGCCAGAUGACUGGAAUGAGGAGAUAGAUGGGGUGUGGGAAGGGCCGCUGAUACCGAACGCCAAGUACAAGGGAGAAUGGAAACCUCGGAUCAUUGACAAUCCCAAUUACCAGGGUGAGUGGAUCCACCCAGAGAUAGACAACCCGAAAUACAGGCCUGACCCCAACAUUUGCCACUAUUAUAACAUCAGCGUCCUUGGCCUGGAUCUUUGGCAGGUGAAGUCGGGCAGUAUCUUUGACAAUUUCCUUCUAACAAAUGAUGAAGAGUUUGCUGAAGAGGUCGGAAAUAAGACCUGGGGAUUAAGAAAGGAUGUAGAGCAGCAGUGGAGAGAGCUGUUUGAGGAAAUGGAGAAAAAGAAGGAGGCAGAAGAGACCAAAAUGAAGAGGGAAAGGGAGCGGGCCAGGCAAGAGGACAUCUGGGGACUUGAUGAGGAGGAUGAGGAGGACAAUGAAGAAGACUCUGAGGAGGAACCAGAUGAAAAGUCCAAGCUGGAAGACAGCGCGUCUCUGGGUAAAAAGGAAGCCCGCUUUGAUCAGAAGGAUGAGCUGUAACUGCCCAGGGGAAUUCUGCACAGAAGCAAGAGACAGUGCUUUACCAGGGGAAAUGCUCAUGGUUAGCAAUGUGGGAAGGAAAGUGACUCACUCUCUUCAGAUAAACUUGGGAUUUAUAUUUCCACUCCCCCUCCAUGCUCCAUUUGCUUAUUGGUAGAAAGGGGAUGGUAUUUUCUGUUUCAUGAGGUGGUUAUAGGGACUGGUAUAUGUGUGUAAAGUAUCCAAUGCAAAUACAUUGUAAAAUAAAAAAAGGGGGAGUUAACUACUGUUAAAACUGCUAUCAUUAUCAUGGUGUUUAUGAAAUUAAUUGUUGGUAAAUAAGCUUCUGUAUAAACUUGGUUCUCACUUUCAGUUGAGCCCUAUUCUCCUGGGGAUUUUCUGUUUAAAUAUAUACAUUUCUCAGUAUUUACUGAGCAGUGCUGACAGUUCUACCCAAUGUUUUUCUCUUGUAAAUGUAAUGAGUACCUAGAAACAAAAUCAGAACAUCUACUGAGAGCUUGGAAAAAU